CUCUGGAAAGCCUUCUGAAUUAGACAAGGCCUGCCUCUCAGCACAGCUACAAAACACUUUAAACCUGACCAGCUAAAUGGAUAAACCUAGCCUGCAUAGCUUUUAAACUGGGGUUUCAUACAGCACAGGAGGCCUACUUGCUUGAAGAACUGAAAAUCCAGAGGAUGAUUUGCUUUAUCUGGGAAUGGCAAAAGCCAGCACAAUAAGGAAUGCCAGUUUGUAUGGGGCUACUAGCUCACAUGUGGGAUCAGAAUGGUGUGAAUGACAGCCGCACUGUAUCAUGAAGGUGGUGGUGGUUUCAACACGUGAGACCAAACAAGAAGAAAGCUGAGAGAGGGGAGAACCGUUUUGGAUGACAAAGGAUGGGUUUCCAUUUAAUUACACAGCUGAGAGGCAUGCGUGUAGUGCUAGUGCUACUUCCUACACUGCUGCUUGUUAUGCUCACGGGGGCUCAGAAAGCUUGCCCAAAGAACUGCAGAUGUGAUGGCAAAAUUGUGUACUGUGAGUCUCAUGCUUUCACAGAUAUCCCUGAGAACAUUUCUGGAGGAUCACAAGGCUUAUCAUUAAGGUUCAACAGCAUUCAGAAACUCAAAUCCAAUCAGUUUGCCAGCCUUAACCAGCUUAUAUGGCUUUAUCUUGACCAUAAUUACAUUAGCUCAGUGGAUGAAGAUGCAUUUCAAGGGAUCCGUAGACUGAAAGAAUUAAUUCUAAGCUCCAACAAAAUUACCUAUCUGCACAAUAAAACAUUUCACCCGGUUCCCAAUCUCCGCAGUCUGGACCUCUCCUACAAUAAGCUUCAGACAUUGCAAUCUGAACAGUUUAAAGGCCUACGGAAACUCAUCAUUUUGCACUUGAGAUCUAACUCAUUAAAGACAGUGCCCAUCAGAGUUUUUCAAGACUGUCGAAAUCUUGACUUUCUGGAUUUGGGUUAUAAUCGUCUUCGAAGCUUGUCCCGAAAUGCUUUUGCUGGCCUGUUGAAGUUAAAAGAGCUCCACUUGGAGCACAAUCAGUUUUCCAAGAUCAACUUUGCUCAUUUUCCACGUCUCUUCAACCUCCGCUCAAUUUACUUACAAUGGAACAGGAUUCGCUCCAUUAGCCAAGGCUUGACAUGGACUUGGAGUUCCUUACACAACUUGGAUUUAUCAGGGAAUGAUAUCCAAGGAAUUGAGCCAGGCACAUUUAAAUGUUUGCCCAAUUUGCAAAAAUUGAAUUUGGAUUCCAACAAGCUUACCAACAUCUCACAGGAAACUGUCAAUGCGUGGAUAUCAUUAAUAUCCAUCACUUUGUCUGGGAAUAUGUGGGAAUGCAGUCGGAGCAUUUGUCCUCUAUUUUAUUGGCUUAAGAAUUUUAAAGGAAAUAAGGAAAGCACCAUGAUAUGUGCAGGACCUAAGCAUAUCCAAGGUGAAAAGGUUAGUGAUGCAGUGGAAACAUAUAAUAUCUGUUCUGAAGUCCAGGUGGUCAACACAGAAAAAUCACAGAUUGUGCCCCAAACUCCCCAGAAGCCUUUAAUUAUCCCUAAACCAACAACCUCAAAAUCUGACCCCAGCCAGUUCACCCUUGAAACACCAAGCCCUUCCCCAGGGUUUCAGAUUCCUGGCACAGAACAAGAGUAUGAGCAUGUUUCAUUUCACAAAAUUAUUGCAGGGAGCGUGGCUCUCUUUCUUUCAGUGGCCAUGAUCCUCUUGGUAAUCUAUGUGUCUUGGAAACGCUACCCAGCCAGCAUGAAACAACUUCAGCAACAUUCUAUUAUGAAGAGGCGGCGGAAAAAGACCAGAGAGUCUGAAAGACAAAUGAAUUCCCCUUUACAGGAGUAUUAUGUGGACUACAAGCCUACAAACUCUGAGACCAUGGAUAUAUCGGUUAAUGGAUCUGGGCCCUGCACAUAUACCAUCUCUGGCUCCAGGGAAUGCGAGGUAUGAACCAUGAUCCUCCUAAAAGCGUUUCUACUGUGGGAAAGGAGAGGUAAAUGUUUGAAGCUCUAGAGGUGUCUCUAAUCACUAGAAAGAGUAAUGACCCUUUUGCUUUUGGGUUUUGCUCAGUGUGAAAGGUUACUUAAUUAAAUUACAACCACCAGGAAAUUGACUGCUUUUUUUUUUUUUUAAUUCCUUAAAUGGUUGAAACUUGAAGGAAGUUCAUUCAAGGAUGAUAUUAAGUUGGA